AUGGCCGAAUCAGAUUCAUCGCAGCCACCACCUCCACAACCGCAGUCGAAUCAGGUGGACGUCGCACAGCCAUCGUCGCAGGCAGUCGCGCAGCAGCCCGCAAGUUCAGGACCAAAAGCCAGCAGUUCGGCCUCGCCACCGUCCCAGACGCAGCCGCAGAUGCAGACAUCUCAAGCUCUACCGCAAGACACGGCUGCUCCAGCAAAUCAAGACAGCUCCGAGCCGGUGAUCAAGCAACAGUCGCCUAGCUCUAACCCAUCUGAACCUGCUGUGGCUGCAACUGGAGAAGGAGGGAGUGCAUCGUCGUUAGCAAAGGAUGUUGAUUUAAGUCCUCAGGGGGCCAAUAUCAAAGACACCAACGCUACCGAAGACAUCACCAUGGGGGGAACAGAGCCAGAAGCUGGGGAGACUACAGUGCCAGAGGGGGCUGGUGUCACUGCUGGCGGUGCUGCAACCACUUCAACGGCUAAUGUUGCCCCAGGCAUUCCUGAGCCUGCGCCUGGUCUAACCGGGCUUGAAUCGAUAGUACCUCCGUCAAAGAAAGAUACUAGCCUGAGAGAGUUCCUAAGCCAGAUGGAUGACUAUGCACCUAUUAUUCCAGAUGCUGUCACUGCUCACUAUCUGACCGUUGCAGGUCUCCCGCCACCGGGACCCGGACCGAACAACACACCUCCUCAUCUUGCUCGUCUACUAGCUCUUGCAACACAGAAAUUCAUUGCAGAUAUUGCAGCGGAUUCUUAUCAGUACUCCCGAAUCCGUAGUUCUAACAGUGCCUCGUCCAAUAACCCUAUGGGCAGCAUAAACGUAACCGCCGGUCUAAGCAGUGCUGCUCAAGGUGGUCAACCAGGAGGUGCCGGAGCUGCUGGAGCUGCCGGCACCGGUGAAGUAUCUACCAAAGGAAAAUCCGGUGCUGGGGGCCUACACCUGGGAGUUCAACGUGCUGGUUUUGGAGGUGGAGGACAAGGAGGCUCCCAAGGGAAGACCGUCCUGACCAUGGAAGACUUAGGCAUGGCAGUUGGUGAGUAUGGAGUCAGCGUGAAGCGAGGCGAGUUCUACCGGUAA